AUGUCAAAUGUUCUUCACACGGAGCUGCAACAGAAGCUGAGCCAGGCGAGUUUGCGAAUAAGCGGCUGGCUGGGCGGCGAGGGCGGCGAGAAGUCCACGGCGAGUGUUUUCGAGCAGUUGCCGGUGAUCAAGCCGGGUGCAGGGCUGGACCUGUCAACAGAGAGUUCCAAGAUCGGGGACUUUACGUCGGGCAAGAGCGGUCGGAAGGCGAACCCUGCGCAGCGGAACCAGUCGCGAUCGUUGCAGGCGCUGGAAAAUAGACUCAGGAACGAAAAUAGAACAAAGGCACGCAGAAAGGUGGAAAAGCCCAGAAAAGAGACGAAAAAAACCAGCGUUGCCGCGGCCAUAGACUCCGACUCGGAGGACGAGUUGGAGUCGUACGACCGUUUGUCCCCCUUGGGAGGGUCCAGUUGUUUCAGCUGGGAGUGGGACUCAGCAUUGAGGAGGUCGGAGAUGGAGGAGUUGCGGCCGACGGUGGACUGGCCGGACUGGGAGUUCAUGGCGAAGGCAAGGCUGGAGCUGGGCCCGGCGAUGGAGGAGCCCACGGAGGUGCGACUGAAGAUCGAGCUGGAGCCCACGGUGGACGCAGAGGAGAUGGAGUUGAGGUUGUGA